AUGAACGAUACUCUCUCCGUCCUAGCUUCACAUUUCAUUGGAGUCAUCAUCUCUAGCAUGUUCUAUGGCUUCACUCUCGCCCAGACCUGGCGGUAUUUCCGAACUUAUCCAAAAGACAGAUGGUCUAUGAAGGCCUUGCUUUUCUGUGGGCCUUGGACACAGCACAAGCUCGCCCUUGUCGCCGCAUCAAUAUAUCACUAUACCAUAGUUUGGCAAGGUGACAUCACGAUGUCAUCGCAUGUAUCAAAAACAUUUGAGGCAUCAAUGGGCAUUACUUCAAUAAUGGCUUUUUUGGUGCAAUUGACAUAUGCUCACCGUAUAUGGCGACUUAGCUUUGGAAACAUUCUAGUCACAUUUUUCAUAGUCCUUUUGGCAUUGGCUGCACUAGGAUCUGGUGGAGCAAUGGUUCUCGAAAUUGUCCGUGAUCCCCUGUGGGAUAGCACUCACGUCAGCAACUUGCCCGCUUCUAGUUUCUACUUGUCUUCGAUGGCGUGUGACUUCCUCAUUGCCGCUACCCAAGUGUACUUGUUUCACAAGUCCCGAACCGGGAUAGGAAGACUCGGUGGUCUCAUCACCAGAUUGACCGUGCUUGUUGUCAAUGUGGGCUUGAUAACUGCUGUAGAUGUCACACUAUUUCUCAUACUGUUUCUCGUCUGCCCCCGCAAUGGCGCCUUUCUUGUACCAUACAUCCUUAUGAGCCACUGUGCGCCUCCCGCUUUAUCUUUCAUCAUAAACUUAUCCACCCGCAUUGUAGGUUAUCUAAAUAGUUUCCUCAGUGUUCUUAACUCUCGUCUUGAGCUACGGGAACUGGUCGAUAACGACGACUACGCCUGUCCCAGCAUCUACACCAUUGCUUCAGAACUGGCAUGA